AAAUCACUCACAAUUUGACAACCGUGUUGAUGUCUCUUUCUCCUUUUGGCAUUUUAGCUGAAGCGGUUCAAACCACCAGUAUAAAAAGAUGCCUCCUAAAUUCGAUCCCACGGAAGUAAAAUUAGUUUACUUGCGCUGCGUUGGUGGCGAGGUUGGAGCUACUUCAUCUCUGGCUCCCAAAAUCGGUCCUCUCGGUCUGUCUCCCAAAAAAGUUGGUGAUGAUAUUGCAAAGGCCACCUCGGACUGGAAGGGUUUGAAGAUUACUGUCUGCCUGACCAUCCAAAACAGGCAGGCUACCAUUUCUGUGGUACCAUCAGCUGCCUCGUUGAUUAUUAAGGCAUUGAAGGAACCUCCACGUGAUAGGAAGAAGCAAAAGAACAUCAAGCACAGUGGAAACAUUUCCUUUGAUGAUAUCUUGGCUAUCGCUCGUACAAUGAGACCUAGGUCGAUGGCGCGUGAGCUGAAGGGAACCUGCAAGGAAGUCCUUGGCACUGCCCAAAGUGUUGGUUGCACUGUUGACGGAAAGCACCCUCAUGAUGUUAUUGACGACCUCAAUAAUGGAGCUAUUGAAGUCCCAGCAGAAUAAAUAUUAAUUUCUUUGAACACUUAAUAAAUCUGCUAUUUUACAAUC